GACAUGCAGUAACAAGUACAGCAAGUGCUAUCAUCAGCUAUCACUUCUCGGUGCUGCAUGCUGAAGGGUGCAGCCGAUGUUGUCAACACGCUGCUGCAGCCAUGCCUGGUAUGCUUCGAAUCCGGGCUUCACCGGCUUCACCGGCUUCACCUCGGCAUUUUCAGCUUGGGCAACUUGGGCAGCGUGGGCUUUGGUGUGCCAAUGGGGUUCUCUAAAUGUCGUUGUCCUCGCCAGUGACAGUCCUGACAGUCCUGACAGUCCCCGCAUCAGUCGCGGCGUGUGGUGCCCACCUUUGCCAUCAACCCGACCAGCCAACUGUUCUCGUCAGUCGAGUCAAGUGGGGCAAGGCACUGCAGUUCGUUCACUGUACGAUGAAGUCGCUGAGACCAUGGCACCUCUCUCGGAUUUGUUGGAGCUGGGAGAAGUGGAAGACCACAUGUUGAAUGCCUAUUUGGGAUUAACUGAGUUCUUGCAGAAUAUGCAACACUUGAUUUGUUUUAUGGAUUUCAAGGACAAUUGCUAUGAAAACUCAGAGUAUAUGGAGGUGGUUCAAUAUUUUUGCCAUCACUUGGACAAUAUUUGCCAUGACUUGGGCUUGUGCAAGCCCGAGAUGAAUAUUUGUGGAUCGCUGCUCCUAGACGCUGGGGUAGACCUUGGACGAGUCAUACAGCAGAUUCGCGCGGGUGUCCUAGAGCAAGUGCAGAUGCAUCUCGGUAGAAAUCGGUACAGCAUGGUACAGCUGUUUGAAGACCAAACUUCGCAGUUUCUCUGGGCAUCUCUGGGCAUCUCUGGGUAUCUCUGGGCAUCUCUGGGCUUUGGGGAUCUUUGGGGUAUCUUUGGGGUUUUGCUGAACGAUGUGCCUUUGUCAGCAUCGAAGUUUAUAGAUCGAAAGAAUGAAUGUCUUCCGCGAUCGCCGGUCAGAAUUCUCGGUCUCAAUGGUUCGCUGCAAAUUCUCUCGCAGGAAGAACGGCCACUCUUCACACGUCAUCGCAUUUUGGAGACCAUGUCCAGUUCGAAUCUGUCAGGUUUACAAAGCUAUGUGGUAAAUUUGGGCGCAUCUGAAAUGGCCGGUUGUUUGGACUCAGCAAGCUGUCUCAUUCAGAGGGGUUGGUCAGGUAUUAUGUUAGAGUGCAACUACCAACAUAGUCAAAAUUUGCGUGAGACCUAUGCUCAUCGAAAGGAUGUGCAGAUCAUAAAUCAAUGCUUAGCGCCUGAAAGCUGGGUGAGUGCUGCUAUCAGCGCUGUCUGGAACUUCGAGCGAGUUCUGCCUCCGACUUCAUCGCCAUUCCCGAUGUUUCUGAAGAUCGAUGUGGACAAUGGUGAUUGUGAUUUUCUGAAGGCGUGGCUAUCUGCAGGCUAUCGACCCCUCUUUGUGGAAAUGGAGUUGAUUCACGCCUUUGUCCCGCCGGAGAUUCAGGUGAACUUCCCAUACAUUGACGUGGGCCAGGCCGAUUUCAACAAGGCGCGUGCUAGUGAUGUGAUGUCCAAAGGCUGUAGUCUUGGCCAAGUGCUCUCUAUUUUGGGCGACGGCUAUUCCCUUCUCUCGUGGAGCUAUGACAAGGACAUCAAUGCGCAGUUUGUAUUGGACACCUGGGCCAAAGAGCACAAGAUCUUCGUGGUACCUCACAGCGAAAUCUCGUCCUUCUGGCAUCGAGCUGUGAGCUUUCGUGAGGUAUGGGAUGAUCACAACUGGCAUGGCAUGGACUUGCCGCUGAAUUUCCUUCUGAGCGAUAGCUCUCUUGCAGAGAAGCAAACGGCCUUAAACGUCGCUUAUGAGAUUGUGCUACAACGGAGCCAGUAAAGCUUGGAGUUCUCGCGCAGCUUGGAGUUGCGACCAGGAAAAGUGAAAUCGCAAGAAAUCGCAAGAAAUCAUAAGUUGGCGGCCUCUCCGCGAUUUGGGGCCUCGACUUGUCACAUGGCUCGUGAAGCCUUGGAGGAUAGUCGCAUCGGCAAAACCACCGAAAGUGUCUUCAGCGGAGAAAA